AUGUUGAAGCUUACCGCUCUCAAGAAAUCGAUUUCCAACACACCAACAGACGUCAUGAUAUUCAAGAAUAAGUUUAAGAAGCCAGACGCAGACGCCCUCAAAAACGAGGCAUCUGAUGCGGCAAAGGAUGCCAAAAAGGAUCCUCAACAGACUCUUGAUCAGGCAAAGGAUCUUUCCAAGAAGAAUCCUCUAGGUAAGAAUGCUGCUGACGGUGGCAGCGGCGCUGAUGGUGCUGCCGCUGAAGGUUUUGAAGAUGAAGCAGUCGGUGCCGCUGGUGGUGCUACUUCCCCCCAGGUAGCUCGUGGUGGCAGCAGACGCACGGCACCCGCCCAGGAUGUUGGAGAUAACUACGAUUACGAUCGCGAUUACGAUCGCGGCUACAGAGACGGUGUUGCCCGUGCAGGCAGAGAUAUGAACGCUGGCACUGGCGGCCACGCUGAGGACACAACUCAACAGCACGGCGGUCAACCACAACAAAUGGCGGCUUCCCCCCGUCGCCAAGGCUCUGCUCGUCAAGCACAGACGGAUCGUCAUCAACAUCAUGAUGGACACGGUUUCUCCACAGCAGGAUUGGCAGGAGCAGAAGGAGGAGUAGGAGAUCCUGAAGACGAAUUUGAGACCUCCCCUGAACACUCAGAAUACGUUCCAGCAUCUCAGUACGGUACCCCUGCUUCCCCCCGUAGAAACGCCCCCGCAGGGGCUCCAACAGGUGCCUAUGAUCCAGCGGAAGGUGAAUACGUUUCUGGUACAGGAGCAACUCAUUCCCCCAAGAAAACUCCAUCAGGAGCCUACAGACCUGCUCAGACCACUACAUCUGGAGUACCCUCUAGAAGUGCAUCCAGGAAGAAGAGCGCCGAGGACGGUGGUGUUGCUGGUGGUGGUGCCACUAGCGGAGCCGGAGGCUACGGUUAUGACUAUCCAGAUUACCAAGAUCGUAGCGAAUGGGAUAGGCGACACAGUAAAAAGGGAUUUUCCAUGCCAUUUAGAAGACAUCACGAAGCUCCGGAGGGAGAGGCCGAGGAGAUCGGUGGAGCAACCGGUGCGGGUGCAGGUGCAGGUGCAGGUGCAGUAGGUGGUGGAAGAUCUGCCCAAGCUCCAGCCAGAGCAGGCUCCAGAGGUCGUGGUACAGCACCUACUGGUGGCGCUGCGGGUAAGGAUAGUGCUGCAGUUGCUGGUGCUGGCGCCGCUGUGCAAAGAGCUGGCGGUACUUCUGGCGGUGGCGGUGUAGGUGCAGGCACAGGCACAGGCACAGGCCUUGGUACUGGUACUGGUACUGGUACGGAAGCAGGCACUGGGGCCGCCGAUGCGUCCGGUGGCGGCGGUACAAGUAAGGUUAGUGGAUUUUCCUCCAAGCUCAAAGGUUUAGUUAGUAACAAACAUGUCCAGGGCAAAGCGAGCGAUUUGACGAGUAAGGCAGGCAUUCCAAAGAAUGUCAAGGAAAUUCCCGGGGUCAAGAGCGGCAUCGGUAAAGUUGCUGACACUGCUGGUAUUCCAGGUGGUGCAACCGGUGCAGGCUAUGCCGUUUCCGGUGCAGGAGCAGCACUAGGUAGUGGAUUAAGUAAGAAGGUUGGUGGUAAGAAAGGUUCUACAACUGGUAGCGGUGAAGGUUAUGAAGGUGAUGGUGCUGGUGGUUAUACAGGUGGCACCGACGCUGGUGAGCGCGGCUACGGUACUGGUGGUGCUGGUGAGCGCGGUUAUGGCACUGGUGAGCGUGGUUACGAUACUGGUGAACAUGACUACGGCACUGGUCAACGCGGUUACGGCACUGGUGAGCGUGGUUAUGGUGCUGGUGAGCGUGGUUACGAUACUGGUGAACAUGACUACGGCACUGGUGAGCGUGGUUAUGGUGCUGGUGAGCAUGGUUACGAUACUGGUGAACAUGACUACGGCGCUGGUCAACGCGGUUAUGGCACUGGUGAGCGUGGUUACGAUACUGGUGAACAUGACUACGGCGCUGGUCAACGCGGUUAUGGCACUGGUGAGCGUGGUUACGAUACUGGUGAACAUGACUACGGCACUGGUCAACGCGGUUAUGGCACCGGUGAGCGCGGUUACGGCACUGGUGGAUAUGGCGUCUCUAGUCCUAAGUAUAGUGGUCAAGGAGUUAGAGAUGCUGAUAACCUGGUUACUUCUCCUUCUGGUAAGUCUUUUGACUACGAUCGAAUUGAUGGUGAAUACCCAGAGGGAAGCCAUCGUUACUCCCAUCGUGGGCCAGCUACUGCGACUUCUGCCUCUAAGAGAAGUCCAAGCUCCGGAGAACACAAUGAAUCUCGUACUGCUAGUCAUGGUCAUAGUUACGACGAAAAUUAUCAAGGUGGUUACGAGGCCGGUUAUUUGGCAGGAAGACGAGGUGAGGUGCCACAAGGUGUUGCUUCUCCUGCCCGCGAUACAACUUCUCGCGGUGGUGCCGCUACUACCUCCCCUCGUGGGGCCGGUGGUAACGUUCCUCAUGGUGCUGGUACAACCUCUUCUCGCGGAGCUGAUACUACCUCACCACGUAGAACGGCUUCUUCAAAGGACUACUCCCGUGGUGCUACCGGCUUGACGGGUGCAGCCGGUGCAGGUGCAGCUUCCGCUGAUGGUGGUAUUGGCCAUGGUAAGGGUUACGGCGCAGAAACUGAUCCCGCAGGAGGAUUCUCGAGAACCGCCGGAUUGGCUGAUGAUUCUCCAACGGGUCCCUCAGAUAACAUCCCUGACUCAGGUCCAUCUGGAGGUGGUUAUCAUUACGGUAAUCGUGAUACUGGUGCCGCCUCCGAUAGCGCUGUGGGUGCAGGUGCUGGUGCCCACAAGGCAGGUGCUGGUUCCGAAUCCAAGACCAAUCCUUUCAAGCAAGAUAAGCCAGGUAACGAUUUGGAAUAUGACGGAACUGGUGCUGAAAGGUAUGGUGCACAUGACCCUAGUUAUUCUCCCGAGGGUGACCGUAGCGGUGGUAAUUUAGGCGGUACAGAAGCUUAUGGUUACGGUAGGGGUUCAUAUCCUGCUGAUAAAUUUGCCGAUGAUGGUUUCGGUUCUGGAGGCGCCGAUAGAGGUGCAGGUAAGCGCAGUGCCAAGCCUUCUGGUUAUGGCCAUGGCGAUGUCUCCCACGCUGGUGGUCCCUACACCGGUGCAAACAGACAAACUGGUACAGGAAAGCAGUUUAACCGUGAUGCAGCUGGGUACGGAAAGUCUCCAGCAAGUGCUGUGGGACCAGGUUCUGAGGAAUAUCCUGAGGAUUAUGAUGAUGUUCGUAACCCUGGUGCUGAUGAGUUAGGCACUAGGAGAGGCGGUGGUAGCAAGGGCACAACUGAUCGCGGAGCUACUGGCGGUGGCCUAAGUGGCCUAGCUGCCGGUGGUGCCGGAGCGACAGCCGCUGGUGGUUUCGGCGGUGCCGAUGCUAGUAAAGGAGCCAGCGGCGGUGGCCUAGGCGGUGGUAUCUCGAAAGUUUCCGACAAGGCUGGUGGUCCCGAGAAGAUCAAGGGCUCCUUAGACAAAGCUGCUAACUCCAAAGCAGGUGGAAUCACCAAGAGUAAGGCGGGUGAUUUGGCAAAGAGUAAGUUAGGCGAAGGUAAAGCAGGUGAACUAGCAGGUAAGGCUAAGGGCGUCCCCGGUGCUAAUGAUGCCGCAAGUAAAGCUCAAGGUGCUGUGGGCAAAGGAAUUAGCUCUAAAUUUGGUGGCGGAAGUGGCGGAGGUGCCACAGGUGCCGCAGGAGCCCUUGGUGCUGGCGGUGCUCUAGCUGGUGCUGCAGGAGGCCAGAAAGGUGCUGACCAGGGUGAUACUCCCGCUGGCCACGAUGGCGGAGACUACAGAGGGUAUGGUUAUGACCAAGGUGUAUCACGUGGUGGUGCCGGUGGUGGCGCUUACGAUGACGAGUUUGACACUGGCCAUUAUGGAGAUCACACCGGUGGCGGUGCUGCUCGUCGUACUGGUGCUGGUACUGGUUAUGAUGGCUACGAUACGGGCAACUACGGCGGCACAGCUUCCGGGACAAGAGGCUCUGAUGGUUAUGAUGAAGGUUACCAGUCUGGUAUGCGUGAUGUACGUCGUGGUGAUAGCGUUCGGAAGCCUGCACAUGAUGAUGCAGCUGGCUAUGCUCCAAAAAGUAGUGAUCGUUCUUAUGGUCGCACUCCAGAACAAGAUCGUUAUCCGGCAGAUACCUAUGGUGGUGGAGGCUAUGGUCAAAAUCCCAACCAAGGCGGCGGUGACUACGGUCGUGGCGCGGUCCCUCAGGAAUAUCCUCCAGAUUACAUGGUUGGUUCCGAGGGAGGAACCAACCGUCGUCUUAGGCAGGGUCUCGGAGGAGAAGGAGAAGACCAGAAGAAAGAGCAAUUGGGGGUAUCAGAUGGAGAUCAGGUCCCCACCUCCCAGGAAGUUGGUGAUCAGAGAGGGGAUGGUUUCGCUAGGGAAGCUUCUGCUGAUAGCAGCGCUUAUUAUGACAGUAGUGAGACUGUUCGAGGUUCAAAGGAGCAAGCGCCUACAACUACAGAAAAGCCAACCAAGGGGGGGUCUAUUAGCAAGACUAAGCAACCUGCUAUGAGAGGACCAGUUGAUGCGAAGAAACAGGAUACUAGUAUUCCAAGAUUAGGAUUCCAGGGAUUGUUCAGCCGUAAAAAAUCUGUCGGUGGUACUUCUGGUGGUGAAGAAGCUGCACCAGCUUCAACUUCUAAAAGAGGUAGCUUCGUAAGGCGGUUGAGUCUGUCCAGAAAGAAAUCAGCUGAUCAGGAGCCUUUGGAUGAACCAUUUAAUCCGGAGACUGAGAAUAAUGAGCCGGUGACGAGAACAAAGAGUGAUAAGUUAGCUGGGGCUGCUGCUUCGCCUCCAAGUACCAAGAAGAACAUGGAACCUAGCAGUCCAAGAUCUAGGGAAUCAGCAGGCUCCAACAUCAAAGGAAGUCCACGUGGUGAAAAACAGGCUGCCACCUCCCAGCCAAGGGGGGCUACUGGCGGGGGCGUUGGCCCUGUCUCUUCCUCAGGUGAGCCAACCACAGGAGAAGGUAAGAGAUUUGCUGAGACUUUUGGUAAUAUGCCAAGUUUGGUCGACUCAAGAGUUCCUACUUACGGUUGGGGUACGUACUCUGAAGGUCCACCAACAGGACCAGCCGAUUCUGCAGGAGGCGUUGGGUCCGGGAAGGGCGGAAAUCCACCUGUGCAAGGUACUGCCAAACCUGAUAACCUGCCUGUCAUGUCCAAGGAUCCAACUUCACCUAAGUAUGGUGGUGCGGAUGGUGCUGCAACUAAGGUAAAGAAAUCAAGCUCUUAUCCACAACGUAAUCCAGAUGAAGAUGUGUUCUACGGAAAUGAAGGCAUGGAAAGAGAAGGUGAGGAUAAUUAUGUGACUUCUCGUAAACCUACUCAUGGUAAGAACGUCUCUGUGGGGUCUCAUGAAAUGAAUAAUGAUGCCGCUGCUGAUGCUACUUAUGGUGAAAGGGGCUACUACAACAGGUCUAGGACUGCACCAGGUCUCAGAGAAGAAGAGGAACCAACAUCUAUUUAUGGCGAUGAGGAAGGUGGUUAUAACAUCAAUGAAGCUUCAAAGGUGCCAAGGGGGGGCCCUGACGAGGCUGAAGAGGUAGCUCAAGGUGCAAAGAAAACUGCUGAUGCCGGAAAGGGGGAACCCGGCAUCUUCGAGAAGAUCAAAAACACAAUCAUGCCGGGUAGUCACGAGGACGCUGGUACAGCUGCUUGA